AUGGCUACCAUAUUGUUCCUUGCCUUGCUUGUGCAAAGCGUCUUCCAGUUCCCGCAGAUGGUGGGGGAUGAGCUGGACGAGGACACGCACGAGCUCAUGCAGCAGCGUGAGGAGUAUCUGACCCAGCAGAUGAAUCGGCUGCUGCAGGAGCUGGAGCAGCAGAGCCACUUGGGCAGGAGCGCCCCGCGCUUUGCCACCUUGCAUCAGUGGCAGUUCUGGGUGAUUGCUGUAAUGCUGGUACUGAUCCUGAGCUUCUGGUGGUGGCUCAGGAAAAGGAUCCAGCAGACAGACAGCAGCAGCGACGAUUCCAGAACCAAGGACAAUGCUAGAACCAUGGACAAGUAUGAAAGGAGACAGAGUCUUGUAGUGGAUGUGCGGAGAGCAUCGGUCGCACCCUUCAUGGGUCUGUCUGAUUCGUUCCCAGCGGUAGCGGUGGACAAGCUGGUACGUGAACUUCUAUGUAUCUGCCGAAAACACUGCGGUGAUAGUUUCAUGCCACUACCGCAGCCAGCCAUCAGAAUGGCCACCACCUCGGAAAGUUGGGGUCCCCAUGAGCAUCAUGCUGUCUACUGCAUGCUUGUGCCCCUGAAGCCCCCCCGUGGGCACAACUUCCAUCUGGAGCUGGACACCAGGGAGAUACUGGGAAACAUCUACAGAACACGCGUGGAGCUGGAGUGCACCUGCGCAGGGGAGCAGCUGGAGGAGAACAUGCUGUGCUUUCUCCAUCGCUCCAAGGAGGAGCUGAGGAGAAAUCAGGGUCCCAGCCUCCUAGACACCCUCUGCACUGGCCCUUACCUGGACAGAGAGAAAACCACCCGCUGGUUCCAGAUACUGGUAAAAGGAGCCUCAGUGGUUUUGCUUCAGCCGACAUACUGGCGUACGAUAGUGCUGCCCUCCAAAUACUCCUGUAAGAUCCAGCUGACGAACGCUUCUGGUAAUACCAUCCUGAUUGAGAUGGUGCUUGGAGUGCAGCGAGGAUACACCUUCCUCAGCAUCGAGUAGGCCAGUGUUAGCAACAGCAGGCUGUGGCCUAUAGAGACCUGUGCUGCGGCACC